AUGGAAAGGACUGUCCACAUUUGGAUCGACGACUAUGAUGUACCUAAGAUUAUUAUUAACUACAGCAAUGAGGAGGAACUUCGUGAGGUUCUUCAACAAAGACUCAAAGGAUUGAAGCUUAAGUUCACUGGAAUUCCCCUCCCUGAAUUGGGAGCCACCACCGAGUUCAUGGCAGUGAAAAAUGUGGAUGAUUUAGUUGCUACGAUAAAAACCAUCUCCCCAGCCUGUGUCAAGAAUGUGCUACUAUGGUGUGCCAUCUGUGAUGAGCAAAAUGCGGAGUUUGGAAAGGAACAAGUCAAGUUGGCUAAUAAGCAGAAAUUCCGCUCUCCUUCUCUU